AUGGACAUUUUCAAGCGACUGCAGAUUAACAUCCCUUUUGUGGAGGCUAUGGAGCAGAUGCCGACAUAUGCAAAAUUCAUGAAAGAGCUCCUAACAAAAAAAAGAAGAUUUUCUGAAGAGACAGUGGAGGUUGAAGCAGGGUGCAAUGCUAUAAUUCAGAAAUCAUUACCUCAAAAAUCCAAGGACCUUUGGAGCUUCACAAUUCUAGUUACAAUCGGAACAUUGCCAGUAGGAAAAGCAUUGUUUGAUUUGGGUGCCAGUAUAAAUUUGAUGCCUUUGUCUAUGCUACGAAGAAUAGGAGAUCUAGAGGUAAGGCCUACACGAAUGAUAUUACAACUAUUUGACAGAUCCAUGAAGUAUCCCUAUGGUGUGGUAGAGGAUGUCUUAGUUAAGGUUGACAAAUUCAUGUUCCCAGUUGAUUUUGUAGUAAUGGAUAUUGAGGAAGACAUUGAAGUUCCUCUAAUAUUGGGAAGACCUUUCAUGAAGACGGCCAAGGUCAUUAUUGACAUUGAUGAUGGCAAACUGAAGGUCAGGGUGCAAGAUGAUGAAGUCAACUUUAAUGUAUUUGAAGCAAUGCAUCACCCGAAGGAUAAGCAACAAUGCUUCAGGAUGGAUGUGAUAGAUGAAAUAUUUCUAUCAUCCAGGAAGCAAUUGACAAAGGAAGAUGAAGAAAAAAAUGUUGAUGAAUACUUGACACAUCUGAAUUCAGCAAAAGAAAUUGCAUCAAAUGAUAUACAACUUGAGAAAUUGCAACAAGAAAAUAGAACUGAAAGUCAGAAGCUAGAGCUAAAGGUAUUACCUCCUCAUUUAAAAUAUGUUUUUCUUGUAGAUGGAGGUAACAAACCAGUGGUGAUCAGUAGUGCUUUAACAACUUCUGAAGAGGAAAAGCUGAUUUCAGUUCUUAAAGCCAAUGAGGGUGCAAUAUGUUGGACUCUAUCUGAUCUCAAAGGAAUUAGUCCAUCCUACUGUAUGCACAAAAUUCACAUGGAGCAAGAUUACAAGCCUGUAGCACAGCCUCAACAGCGAUUGAAUCCAACCAUGAAAGAGGUGGUCAAGAAAUAA